AUGGAUCCCGCGCAAACAAAAGAGGUCUCCCCGGCCCCAACCGCCGACACACACUCCCAAACCCACUCCCAUCCAGACCGCGACGACUACACCCACGCGCGAAAAUCAAAAUUCCGCUUCAAAUCCUCUUCCAAAUCACGAUCCUCACGAUCCUCACGCGAUGACCCAGAUACGCACCGUCACCGCCACCGCAAACGACACCGCGUCGACCCUCCCCAACACCCCCACCGCUCCAAACGCCACAACCACAACCACACCACCACACCAACCCCAGAGGACAACCCACGAGGAUUAUCACCCAACGCCGCCUUCCGCGAAUCCCUCUUCGACGCCCUGGGCGAUGAUGAAGGCGCCGCCUACUGGCAAUCUAUCUACGGUCAGCCCAUCCACAACUAUCCCGUCCCGGACCUCCCCAAGGGUCCGAAUGGGGAACUCGAAUCCAUGACCGAGGAUGAAUACGCGGCGUACGUGCGCACGCGGAUGUGGGAACGUACGAGGGAGGGGAUGGUUGAGAUGCAGGAGCAGUUGAACCGGGAACGACGGGAGAAAGCCAGAAAGGAAAAGGAGAGGGUGAGGGGUGUUGAGGGGGAGAGGGAGAGGAGGGCGUUUGAGAGGGCUAUGGAGGAGAGUCUUGCUAGGGGGCGGGAGAGGAAGAUGGGGAGGGUUUGGAGGGGGGCUGGAGAGGGGUAUUUAAACCGGUGGGAUGUUAUUAAUUCGCUGAGGGAGGGGAAGCGUGAGGAGACUGGUGGGGGGAAGGAUAUGGGGGAGUUGGUGUUUUGGCCUGUUGAGUCUGGGAGGAGGGGUGAUGUUUCCAGGGAGGCGGUUGAGGAGUUUAUGCGGCUUGCGCUUGUGCCGGUUUCUGCGCCGGAGAUGGGUGGUGAUGAGGCGUUGGUUUCUGUGCUGAAGGCGGAGCGUGUGAGGUGGCAUCCGGAUAAGAUUCAGCAUCGGUAUGGUGCGUUGGGGAUUGAUGAGGAUGUUAUGCGGAGUGUCACGGAGGUUUUUCAGAUUAUUGAUCGCAUGUGGAAUGAGUUGAAGGAGCGGGCUUGA